AUGAUUGAGUUUGAACGGCUUAAUUUCAUUCGAUAUAACCAGAGUCAUCUGAGAGCUGAGUUGUACAAAAAUAUAAAACAUUCAUUAGAUAGCGGUGAAGAUGCAGCACUGAGCACUGGAAAACGUAUCAUUAUACCUUCUUCAUUCACAGGCGGACCUAGAUAUAUGGCUGAAAAUUGUAAAGAUGCUUUCGCAAUUUGCCGUUGGGCAGGAUAUCCUCAUCUUUUUAUAACAAUUUCCUGCAAUCCUAAGUGGCCAGAAAUUACACGAUUUGUUAGGGCCAGACAGCUGAACCCUGAAGAUCGGCCUGAUAUUCUAUGCAGAGUCUUCAAGUUCAAAUUGGACCAGUUGCUACAUGAUUUAAAAAAGGAAAAUAUUCUUGGCAGAGUCAUUGCAUAUGUUUGUACAAUCGAAUUCCAAAAGCGCGAACUACCUCAUGCUUAUAUUCUUCUAUUCUUGAACCCUUCAAGCAAAGCUGAAAGUGCUCUUGAUAUUGAUAAAUUGAUUUCAGCGAAGAUACCUGACAAGGAAACGAAUCCUACGCUGUUUAUGGCUGUCACGAGUUACAUGAUACAUGGUCCAUGUGGUCCUGAAAAUUACAAAUCUCCUUGCAUGAAGGACAGACGGUGUUCAAAAAAAUUUCCAAAAAACUUCUGCUCCCGUACUUUGAUUGACGAUGAUGGAUUUCCUCAUUAUAAGAGAAGAAAUGAUGGGAGAGUUGUGAACAAAAAUGGUGUUGAACUUGAUAAUCGUUAUGUUGUGCCCUAUAAUGCACACCUUCUUUUAAAGUACCAGGCUCAUAUCAACGUUGAAUAUACUUGCCAGAGAAAUGCCAUUAAAUAUCUUUUUAAAUACAUCCACAAAGGGAAUGACAGAGUGAUAGCUGCCAUAAAUCAUUCGGACGAUGAAAUAAAAAUGUUUUAUGACUGCAGUGAUAAUGAUUCGUUGUAUGAUGUAAAGACAAGGGCGGAGUCUAGACUGUCAAUUUUUGAGUCUUGGAUGGAUGCAAAUAAAAAAUAUCCAGAAGGUAGGCAUCUAACUUAUGGAGAGUACCCGACUGAAUUUGUUUUCAAAGAAAAAACGCAUGAAUGGAAUCCGAGAAAAAAGGGAUUUUCCAUUGGAAGGAUAAAUCGUUUUUCUGCCAAUAAUGGAGAAGAUUCAUAUCUUCGCACCUUGCUUAAUUUUCAAAGAGGUUGCACCAGUUAUGAAGAUCUUAGAACGAUCAAUGGCGUAGUUUUUCCUACAUUUAAGGAUGCGUGCUAUUCUUUAGGACUUCUGGAUGAUGACAAUGAGUACAUUGAUGCAAUUAAGGAGGCAAGUUCCUGGGGAUCUAUUGCUUAUCUUAGAUGUCUGUUUGCUCUGUUGUUAUUUGCCAACUCAAUGAACAGACCUGAAAAAGUUUGGGAAAAGUGUUGGAAAUUUUUAUCCGACGAUGUUGUUUAUCGGCAUAGGAAAAGAAUAGGACGUCAAGAUGCAAUUCUUACAGAAGAGUCUAUAAAAAACAUAACUCUUGAAGAAAUUGAUAAGGUACUGCAGAGCAAUGGGAAAUGCCUCUCUGAUUAUCCGUCAAUGCCACGCAUCAAUAGUGAAACUUUGCUUGAUGUGCAAAAUUGA